UAACAAUCUAAUCUAUAGCCGUCUUUAGCCAUAAUAAUAUAUAGAAUACUCUCUACUGAAUUAUUAUUACGAGCAUCACCAGCACCAGCUUCAGUUCAUCAUUGCCAAAGGGGCUCUGAAAUUCUCAGCUUGGCCAUGCCUUGCCAUGCCUGAAAGCCGAGAAUCCCAAAAGGAAUAAAUAAAGCAACGCUGGCUCAUUUCCUGUGCUGGUCGGUCGGUUUCCAAACGAGCUUGAAAGUUCAAAUGGAAGCUCUCGAUAAGAAGGAGAUGAUAAGUGUUCAGAAACGGAAAGAUGGGUUUGAAAUUUUGGGCGCUAACAACAGCAACAACAACACCGAGUCGUCGCUCACUGAGUCGAGCGAGACCAGCUCGGAAGUCUCCACUGAGGACGUCAAAGCCAAAAGGUCGUUGUCAUCUUCUUCGCCGCCGCGCUUGGGUUGGCCCAUUCGCAGAGCCGAUGUUCGUAAAAGCUCUGUUCUUGGUGAUGAAGCUCGAGAUGGGAAAAAAUCCCUCAUUGAUUCCAAGUUCACUGAUUUGAGUUCAAAGAUUUCGGAGUUUGAAAUGAUGAAAGAGAGAUUUGCAAAGUUGUUGCUUGGAGAAGACAUGUCAGGGUCUGGCAAAGGGGUUUGCACAGCUUUGGCUAUUUCAAACGCCAUUACUAAUCUUUGUGCUACCAUUUUUGGGCAACUGUGGAGAUUGGAACCUUUGCCUUCAGAGAAGAAAGUUAUGUGGAGAAGAGAGAUGGAAUGGCUUCUUUCUGUUAGUGAUCACAUUGUGGAAUUAAUUCCCUCUUGGCAAACAUUCCCUGAUGGAACUAAACUUGAGGUUAUGACUUGCAGACCUAGAUCAGAUAUGUUUAUCAAUCUCCCCGCUUUGCGCAAGCUAGAUAACAUGCUUCUUGAAAUACUAGACAGUUUUGUGGAAACAGAAUUUUGGUAUGUUGAUCAAGGGGUUGUAGCGCAAGAUGCAGACGGGUCAGCCUCGUUCCGUAAAUCGCUGCAGCGGCAAGAAGAGAAGUGGUGGCUACCUGUGCCUCGUGUCCCUGCCGGUGGCCUGAAUGAGAACUCGAGAAAGCAGUUGAAUCACACCCGGGAAUGCACCAACCAAAUACUGAAAGCUGCAAUGGCUAUCAACAGCAUUACUUUAGCAGAAAUGGAAGUCCCUGAUUCAUACUUGGAAGCUCUUCCAAAGAGUGGGAGGGCCUGCCUUGGAGACAUUAUCUACCGGUAUAUUACAUCUGAUCAGUUCUCUUCAGAUUGCCUGCUUGACUGUCUUGACCUGUCAUCGGAACAUGUUGCUCUUGAGGUUGCAAACCGCGUUGAAGCCUCAAUAUACAUAUGGCGUCGAAGAGCUCAUUCGAAACCACCAACUCAUCCAAGCCGUUCCACUACAAAGUCAUCAUGGGAUAUGGUGAAGGAUCUAAUGAUCGACGGAGAUAAGAGGGAGUUGUUGGCGGAAAGAGCGGAAAGUCUCUUGCUUUGCUUGAAGCAGCGGUUUCCUUCUCUCACUCAAACUAAUCUAGACACCAGCAAGAUCCAGUCCAAUAAGGAUGUUGGAAAGUCGAUUCUUGAAAGCUACUCGAGAGUUUUGGAGAGCUUGGCUUUCAACAUUGUGGCUCGUAUUGAUGAUCUUCUCUAUGUGGAUGACUUGACAAAGCAUUCUGAUAAAUUGUCAUCAGCUCCUAAAGUGAGUGUAAUUACUCACAAGAAAGUCUCCAUCUCUUAUCCAGUGCCUGCCUCGAGCACUCCAUAUAAGACAGCUUCUACCACUCCAAGCUAUUCGCCUGCACCGCUUAUUAGCCCCGCCAGGGGAGAGAGAACUCCUUUUCUCCACAGCAACAACAACAAUAAUAACAACACAAAGCCUCAGCGCCGUGGCUUUGGAGUAAGAAGAGUCCUGACGAAUUAUCUCGGCGUUGAGACAAAACCGAGGAUCUGUGGCAAUUCAAACGAGGGAUCUGCUCCAGUAACGAGCUCGUGUGGAAAGGAAAAUAUCGAGCAUCGAAAGGAGCCAACAGUCCGUCAUAACGGGUCUAAGUUGCAUAAGAAAAAUGGUUAAAGUUUCUGUCUAUUUGGGAGUGAUAGUUAUAGAAUUUACAGAAGUGAGGAAGGUUCAUGAUAGGAAAUUAUUGGGACUUAAUUGUAUUGGUUGAGUUUGUUGUACCUUGUAUGCAUUUGAAUGUAGUUAAAAGCAGAAAAGUAAUAUCAUAGACAUGAGAUUGCUUGUUCAA